UAACAGCUGUUUGCAUAGAUUCCCAGUGAACUAUGCCUCUGUGUAGUUGAUGCACUGCUGAUCACAGAACCGUGCUUUACUGAAAGAAGGCAUGACAAUAGCAGUUUCUGAUGCAUUGAGAUUUUGAUUCCAUUUAAAUUUAUCAUGCAGCCCUAUUUAGCACUCCUUAAUGUCCAUAUCAUCCCUUUUUGAAUGUGAAUAAAUCGUCCGGUCAUACAUAGACAUCUUGUUUAUGUGCUCACACAUCCAUAGCACGCACAAAGAAAAAGUGAUUUUAAAUGCCUCUUAUUGACAGAUAAAUCAAGGUUGAUGGAUCAGCCAGAGUCACAUAAAAUGCAUGCAUUCAGUGUUGUCAUUAAUGUUAAUGUAUAGGUUAUUUUAGCUUUGUACAUUUAGUUUACCUGCACUGUUAAAGAGGGCAAUUUUUAACAUUCAACUGAACUAUGUGUAUGUAUUUAGACACUUACAUUGUUCUUACUCCAUCCAUUUGAUUACUGCAUCCUACUAUCAACUGAGUAUAAUAUCGAUGGUUUGACCCAUUUCAGGAGCUGACAAAAUUAUGAUUUAAAAUCAGAGCAUAGCUCAAGUUUGUUUUUGGCUGAAGCACAGGGCUCAACCCCAGGAAAUGGAAAAGUGCCCGUCAAACCUUGGCUCGCUCCUUUCCAUCUGCUCCUUCAUUGUAAUUUUUUUUUUUUUUGCACAAGUAUUUUUUUAAUACUUUAGUUUUAUUCUACUCAAAUAAAAAUAAAAGUACCACAAUUUAAUUAUACUCAAGAAAGUAGAAAAAAAUGAAAAAAAGUACUGUAACGAAAAUAUUUGUAAUUUGUUACUUUCCACCUCUAGAAGUAAAUCCUUCUAUGAGAUAAUGUGGCUUUCUUACACAGAAUUAGGCAUGCAGCAUAUUUCAUAGUAUAAGCAGUGAUAUGUCGAUUAGCACUGCAUUAUUAUAAUAAACAUUAUAAUAAGACACACUCAAAUAAACCAUAUAUUGUCAUAGUCUUUUCUUUAUUAGUCACAUUUAAUAAGGGCUGGGCAGUAUAUUGAGUUUGUACAAUAUAUAAAUAUUUUUUUAUAAGCGAUUCGAUAUGAGGCUGUAAAUAACCAUAAGUUUGUUACGGAAAAGGAGAAAAAAAAAAGGGGUUUUUUAUUUUGAAAUUUUGUGUUGAGAUGGUUGACUUCCGUUUUUGAAUGCGCGCUCCCAAGCUAGCGCAGUUUAUAGCAUUUAGCAGCUUGUCAUUCCAAAUACGGCACUUCUACACGAAGACCUGAUAAACAUUGAUUUUCAUGCUUGCAGCCCCUCCGAAGAGGCAAAAGCUCUUACGUUGGUGAUAUGGUGAACGGAGUAAAGUUUAUAAAGGAUUAAACAUCAUAAAACCAUCAGUAAAAGUCUCAUCUCUGUUCGGGGGGCAUGCUACAGUAAGAGCUUCACCUCAGAGUGCUAACGUUAUGUCGAGCAGCCCGUGAGUUCACAGGACAACGGCAACAGCGCAGGCAGCGAGCUAACGUUACAACAACAAGCUAAAUGGACGGCAUCGAAGAGCAAACACGUAAGCUACAAACUGAAAUCAAUGAAACGAGAGCUUUAUUACAUCAAGGUGGUACAGAGAGCAGGUCAAGGCAGGAAUUAAAGGACGAUAAUUGAACGCAAAGAAAAACAAUUAGCUGAACUAACGUUACAUCAAAUGGAGGCUGUGACCGAGUUAUCAUUACCCAGGCGUUCAGAGCGGCCUAGUGUGUUAACAGAGAAAAUGAUAGCCUAUCAAAAGGACGAACUGAUUAAAAAGGACAAAAAACUGCUAAGUCUCUAUGAACAACGGAAAGGGCUAAUCAGAGCAUCCAGAGAAAGCCUAAAGACUGACUUAUCAGAGCACAAGUUGUGUGAAAUGGCCGAUGGCAUUGAAAAGGGUCUGAACAACAUGAUGAAGGUGUACAAUGAAAUAAGGGAACAUACUAUGCCAUCCUCUGACACAAGACGCAAAAUGGACUCUUGUGAAGCAGUAACUAGAGACAUUAUGAAAAUACUUAAUGAACGAUAGAGAAAGGCAACAUCUUCAUCAGCUACUGUCACACCAGUACGCCUGCUCCAUCUAUGGUACAGCCUCUCAGUCUAGUGUAGGUAAGCAGUCAGACACUUCAAGCAUUGCAGCCAAAAGGAUUGAUGCAGCUGCGGAGUUGGCUGCAAAGGAAGCAGAAUAUAAAAUUGUGCAAGAGGAAAUUAAACAAAAGGAAAAAAUGAAAGAUAUAGAAUCUGAACUUGAGCGUUUAAAGGCAGAAAGGGAAAUGCAAGCUGCUCACGCAAAACUUAAGAUGUACGACAGAGAAAUGAACAUGGAUAUGGACAAUCUGCAAAUUCAACCAAAUAAUAUGCCUUUCUCUGUUGACCACCAACCUGUUAAUGAAGCACCAGCUCCCUCUAGUGGCUUGCCACCAUUAAUGCCACAAAACAUGUCUAUCCAUAUGUUAAAUCACACAGUGAACAAUCCAAACCCUCAAAUUGUCACUCAAGCACCUCCCACGGACAUUUCCCAGUUGGCCCAAGCAAUUCAAAACAGUAUAACCAUAAACAGAAUCCCGGUGCCAAUGCCCACAGUGUUCAGCGGAGAUCCAAUUAACUACAUUGAAUGGAAGGCUUCGUUUUCUUCACUUGUGGACUGCAAAGGCAUCUCACCUGCUGAUAAGCUUCACUUGCUCAAAAGGUACAUCACAGGUCCAGCACAAAAAUGUCUUGAGGGCAUAUUUUAUCGCAGUGAUGAAGAGGAAUACAAGGAUGCAUGGCGAAAGCUUGACCAACGUUAUGGACCACCCUUUGUUGUUCAGAGAGCUUUCAGAGACAAGCUGUCAAAAUGGCCUAAAAUAAGCUCAAAGGAGGCGGAAGGAUUAAGGAUAUUUUCAGACUUUCUAAAUGCAUGUCUCCAAGCCACACCACAUGUAAAAGGUCUAGAGAUAUUAAGUGACUGUGAGGAAAAUCAAAAGAUGUUGCAGAAAGUUAGCAGCCCGUUGGAAUCGCCAGGUCACAGUUACACUUAUGGAUGGCAAGGAUUUUCCCUCUUUCAAAGACUUUGCACAACUUGUGGCAGUCGAAGCAGAGAUUGCAGGCAACCCGGUCACUUCUUCAUAUGCUCUUCACUCAUGCAGCUCAUCUUACGAAAAAAGGACCACAAAGGACUUUAAACCAAACAGAUCCUCACAAGUCUUCAAAACGCAAACCACGGUACAAAACAAAAAGGCAAGGACAAGCAACAAAAAAGUAAAGGUACCCUGCAUGUUUUGCAAAGAUGAAAAACACCAGUUGUCAAAGUGCCCUAACUUUUCAGAUCAGCCCUUAGAGGACAAUCGCACAUAUGUUAAGAACAAUAAACUGUGCUAUGGAUGCUUAAAGGUGGGCCAUAACGCCAAAGAUCGUUGCCAUUGCCACACUUGUGACAUUUGCAAAGGAAGGUAUCCCACUUGUCUGCACAAUGACAAUCACAAGGCAUAUGAAAGAUCUCACAGCUCUGGCAACACCCCUCCAAGCACUCCAAAUGAAACCGCGACAGUCACAGCUCUCAAUGUUACUAAGGUGGUUGAGUCAAGUAGCACAUCCAUGAUCGUUCCUGUUUGGGUGUCUACAGUUCAGAGCCCGUCUAAAGAGCAAUUAGUUUAUGCACUAUUGGACACACAAAGUGACAGCACAUUUGUCUGGGAAGAAUUAAGCUACCAGCUAUGUGCGGACACUCACCCUGUGAAGUUAAAAUUAACUUCCAUGCUGGGUGUUCACUCUAUUGUUAAGAGUCACAGAGUAUCUGGUCUGCGUGUGAGAGGUUAUGACUCAGACAUUUGUAUCGACCUACCCCUCUCAUACACCAUAGACUUUAUUCCAGUUAACUAUGACAACAUACCCACUAGUGACACAGCAAAACAAUGGCCCCACCUGACAGAAAUUGCUGAUAAGAUACCACCGCUUCUGAGUUGUGAUGUUGGACUUCUUAUCGGAUUUAACUGUGCCAGAGCUUUAGCACUGAAGGAGAGGAUGUGGAGUGUAUGCCAAUUAUAUCCUUUCUUCAAAAUAUAUUAUCUCAUUAAUAUUGUGUAAUUAUUAAUGAUGUGUUUGAUCAGUAUUUAACCUCCAAGAUUGUUGUAUGAUGUAACUAAAUGAGAAAAAGCCAUCUAUGUACUAUAGAUUGAUGCAUGCUCACUCAGAAAUAUAUUUUCUCUUUUAGUUGUGUUUAGGUUUUACAGACAGAAACAUAUGUGAGAGUAUUCUUUCUCCUAGGGUCACAAGGUCAGCUAAAAGGGACAGGGAAGACCCUUCCUCUACCUGCUAUGAGGGAGACAUGUAGUACUUUGACAUGUCUAAAGUAUACUAGAUAUUAAGAAUUCUGUUCUAUCCUGUAUUUCUUUUCCUCAAGAUAAAUGUCCACAUAUUAUGUGUGACCGUAAUCAUAAAGACACUUGCCAGUGCUAGAAAGCCUUGAAUUUUAGAUUAGUUCUCUGUGUAUGUUUGUUAG